AUGGCAUGUGCUUUAAUCUCUAUAGCAGUUGGUAUUGGAAUUUUGCUUGUUGCUGCUGAGUUCUAUGUUUUCCAUCGAUCCUCUAAGUGGAAAUCUCAAAUGGGUGGCUGGAGCUCUAUGUUUUUCUAUCCUCUUAGAAUAACUGAGCAUGAUCUGGUUAUGGCAAUGGAUGAGAAAAGUGCUGUAGGAAGCGGUGGAGCAUUUGGCAGAGUAUAUAUUAUAAGUUUACCAAGUGGAGAACUGGUUGCUGUAAAGAAGCUAGUCAAUAUUGGGAGCCAAACUUCGAAAGCACUGAAGGCUGAGGUCAAGACAUUAGCCAAGAUCAGGCAUAAGAACAUCAUUAAAGUUCUUGGAUUUUGCCAUUCAGAUGAAUCAAUUUUUCUCAUUUAUGAGUACUUGCAAAAGGGAAGCUUGGGGGAUAUCAUUGGAGGAGCAGAUUGCAAGUUACAAUGGAGUGUUAGAGUGAGGAUUGCCAUUGGGGUUGCUCAAGGAUUGGCAUAUCUUCACAAGGAUUAUGUUCCACAUUUACUUCACAGAAAUGUCAAGUCGAAAAAUAUUCUUCUGGAUACAGAUUUUGAACCAAAGCUCACUGAUUUUGCUCUUGAUCAACUCGCGGGAGAAGCUGCAUUCCGGUCAACAAUUGCUUCAGAAUCUGCAGAUUCUUGUUACAGUGCUCCUGAAUUUGGAUACAGUAAGAAAGCAACAGAACAAAUGGAUGUUUACAGCUUUGGUGUUGUGCUACUAGAACUCAUAACUGGCCGUCAAGCUGAGCAAGCUGAACCAGUGGAUUCACUUGAUAUCGUGAAGUGGGUUCGAAGGAAAAUCAACAUAACCAAUGGAGCAAUCCAAGUUCUAGAUUCUAAGAUAUCAAACUCUUACCAACAAGUGAUGCUAGGAGCUCUAGACAUUGCUAUUCGAUGCACGUCUGUAAUCCCGGAGAAACGACCAUCAAUGGUUGAAGUUGUAAGAGGACUUCUAUCUCUAAGCCCAAAAACUCAACUUCCAGGUUCAGACUUCUCAAUGCAGGAGGAGAAUUCAGUUCCAGUUUAAAUGUUGAACAAUAGAUUACCCCUUUUCCUUCUCUUUUUGUUUCAUGUCUUUAUAUGUAAAAAAUGCAACUUGAUUUCACAUAUGCUAUUUUAACUCUUCUCUGAUCGAGGAAAGAAAGUGUUUGCAUGGCAUUCUCUGUUCUGGGUUUGGAUUUUUGCACCAAAUUGGUUAAAAUUAAUACAAGAAGUUCAUAAUAUUGAUUCUGUUGGUGAGCAUCUCAA